AUGUCAAAUUUUCAGGAUACACGUAAAGAUGAAAAAUUUUACGUUCCAUCGGAUAAAAUUCCUUUUUUAAUUGGGAAAAAAGGAGCUAAUAUCAAUAAGAUAAAAGAGAAAUCCGGUGCAAAGAUUUUUUUUAUAGAGUCAGGUAGUGGUCAGCACAUAGCCAAGAUCCAAGGCACACCCUCACAGCGCAGCCAAGCCAAAUCUUUAAUCCAAGAAUCUCUUGAAAGAUUAACAGUCAUUCCGACUAUCGGUUACGUUUUGUUGGAGGUAGAUGAGUUGACGGAUGUUAAAGAAGCCAAUUACCGAUUUGUUGAAUUUAAGGGAGAUGACGCUAAUGAACAUUCACGAGGUUUGAAGAAGUAUUUCGUGGAACGAAUUCAAGAAACAGAAAAGACAUCCAAAGUGAACGAUGUUAUGGAUGAUCUGGCGAAUCAACUACGUCAUGGCAUCUUACUUCCAUCACUCAAAACUGGGGACUUUACAACCUCCGACAAACUUGACGAAUGUUUAGAAGUCAUAUCUUCGAAAAUUUCUGAUGCCGAUCCCACAUUUCCAGAGGGAAAAGAAAUACGUCUCAACAUAUUUUUUGGUCGACAGCUCUUUACCAGAAUUGAUAAAAUUAAGGAUCUAAACUUUGACGUUCACGAUUGGUGCGGGUUUGAACGGAACCAAAAAUUUCGCCUAAGUACGUCGUUUCAACACAAUGCACCACAAAUCAUUGAAAAAAUGCCUAUAAUUCAAAAGAAAUUUGGAUUACAAGAAAAGCCAGAAGCAAUAACUGGAAAUAAAGGAAGCAUUACUGUUUAUUACUCGCAUAAUGAAAAAAAAAGAAAAUUUAAAUUACACUGGAAUGCGGAUAAAGGAUUAUGGGAAUUGACUAAAGCCGUAAAAGACAUCCGACGUCAUGCGAUCAUGGACUUCGUAUCCGGAUCUCAACGGCCCGAUUUGAGGUUUUUGUUAAAAACUCAAUGUAAUCAUCAUAUUGAUAAUAAAUUGGAGAAGAUAAUUCAAGAUCUUCAGUCCAUUAAUUAUACCGAUAACGGAGAUGAAAUGUACUUCCAUGAAAAAGAUUUUACUAAAUUUAUUGACUGUGUUGGUGUCAGGCAGACAGUUAGGAAACUCAGAUAUAGCAAUGAUAAAUUUCAAGUUACCUGCGCAAUCAUUUGUCAAGAUAUGAAAGGUAAAUUCUCGAAGGAAGAAUUUGUUUCUGUUAAAAAUCUUGCUUGGCGGCAAGUUGAAAAUAUCGACAAAUCACCAAUGCAGCAUUUUGACGAAGAAGAAGUUAUAUUUACUAUUCGGGAUACAAUUGAAUUUGCUAGAAAAAUUGCCAGGAUUAUUGCCUAA